CCGAGUUGCACGUGCAUUCGCGGAGCUGCGAGAGCCCGGUGCGCGCGCGAGAACGGGCGCUCGCGACAGAGCUUGCGAGAGAGCUUAUAAGGGAUCGGAGCGACGGUGUUCUCACCGCUAGGGAUAGCGGAGAAUUUGUGUCUCCUUACACGCGGGGGAUUCCCGUUUCCUUUUUGCGCGAGUUCCUUGAACAGCUUCUUUCUGUAACGCAUUCUUUCGAUCACUCUAUCACUCCCUUGCGCUUUCAUUCUUCUUCUCUUUUAUCUUCCCCUCUUUCUCAUUUUCCUUCGAUCCCUCCUUAUAUCUUUUAACGCAUUUUAUAUAAAUGAUUGAUUGAGUCAUAUUGUACUAUUGUGACGUGAAAGAUUUAACUGUGUUUUGAGAAACCUGCCCGACAUCUUUCGUCUUCACUGAAAGUCAAGAGCCGUUGGCAAAGACGAAGAUUUCAACGAGUUACGGACGAGAUUAAACCUUGCCAGAAGGAAGAUUUUUAUAGCGCAUUUAGCUAAUGGAAUCGAUAAUUAUCAGACGACGCUAUUGAAUUAUCCUGCCAUUACUUGGGGAAGAUAAUUAAGCAACGCUUCGGCGAUAAAAUGACUAUGGAUGGGAGCAAGAGCGAACCGGGCAAGAACGGGGCCACUCAACAGGAAUGCGCGGGUUGUGGAAAGGCGAUUACGGAGAGAUAUCUUCUGAAAGCAUUGGACAUGUUUUGGCACGAAGACUGCUUGAAAUGUGGAUGUUGCGACUGCAGACUUGGCGAAGUCGGUUCAACACUCUACACAAAGGCCAAUCUUAUCCUCUGCAAAAGAGAUUAUUUACGACUCUUCGGAAACACCGGUCACUGCGCAGCGUGCAGCAAAGUAAUCCCAGCUUUCGAGAUGGUGAUGCGCGCAAGGACCAACGUUUAUCACUUGGAGUGCUUCGCUUGUCAACAGUGCAAUCACAGAUUUUGCGUGGGCGACAGAUUUUAUCUCUGUGAUAACAAGAUCCUCUGCGAGUACGAUUACGAGGAGAGGCUGGUUUUUGCCAAUAUGGCCUUGCAUCCUCCGCCUAGCGCGACUUUGGCACACAUCAAGAGACAAGUGACCCAUCUUCAGCCGCCGAAUGUAGCGGGUGGAGCUCAGCGACAGGCGAACGGGGAAGCGGCGGCCCAUAACCACAACGGAUAUCCAGCACCAACCAGCUCGAGCGCCCAUAACGUCCUGAACCCCAUGAAUAAUUUAAACGGUAUCAAUGCGCAAGCAUCGUACGAUGCCAAAUGACAAACGAAGUAAGCGCCGAUAUAUCGAUUGAGUCGCCCGAGGGGAGGUCGACUCGUGUACCGUUCUCAUUGUCUUCGUGGUUUACCGUGCUGAUCGUCCGAACUAUCGUCCUAACUUUAGCACGCGACCCACGACAGAUUGCGUAUAAUCGAAUAUCCCUUAACUGUCGAGAAGAAAAUGAUACUGUUAAGUUAUCGCGAACAAGAAAAAUGUUACCGCGUAUAGAUAUGUAUGAUAUAAUCGCAUUAAACGAUUCGCUUCAUGUCGCGAUCGGAGACCGAUCGGGCGAACUUUGUGUAAAUAGAAGGUAACUAUAAAAAGUAUGAUAGAGUGUUGCAAACAACGCAAGUAAGCGGCGUAGGAGAAUUUAAAUAUCUGAUAAAAUAUAAAAUGAUUAACAAA